AGUAAAACGUUAGUAGUUUCAGUAAGUACACGUAUUUGACUGUUUUAGUCAUCUUACAUUCCCAAUUGCUAACCAAUACAUUACGAACCUGUAGUCUAUUAAGGUAACAACAGAAUAUGUUCAAGUAGCCUACAAUUGGUGAGUGGCUAGCUUUAUUUCCCUUCUCGGCUACCGUAGGAACACCAACACAAUUGUCAACCUUAGCUUCUUCAUGCCUACCUCACAAGCGUCUUGUGAACAGGUCAAGUAGGCAGCGAGCCUCCCUCUUCGCAUUUUAGUGAGCGAUAUGGAAUACCUACUUCAGGUCAAAAUAGGUGCUUUAAUUGGUUUGUUGCUACUAACUCUUUUCUUCGGAUUCAUCCCGGCUCGAGUGAAGUGGUUCAGGCACACAGACGGGACAGAGACCCACCGCACAGUUCUGAGUCUGAUCAGUUGCUUCGCCGGCGGCGUUUUCCUGGCAGCGUGUUUGCUGGAUAUCAUUCCUGAUUACCUGUCGGACAUCAACAGCGUGCUGGAUGCCAGGAAGUUGGAGAUCAACUUCCCCCUUCCGGAGUUCAUAAUGGCUGCCGGCUUCUUCACAGUCCUCAUAUUGGAACGGAUGGUUCUGAACUGUCGGGAGGCCAGAAGGACUCUUGCGAGUGAGAGGGCCCCGCUUAUCCAGGACAGCAGGAAUAGCCACGGCCACGGCCACAUCCACGGCGCCGCCACGGGUCCGGAUCUGGAGAGCAGCGGCCACCAUGUCCACGUUGACUUUCAGGCCCACUCACCUUUUCGCUCCUUCAUGCUCUUCCUCUCUUUGUCGCUUCACUCUGUUUUCGAGGGGCUCGCUAUUGGCCUGCAGAACACUGACUCAAAGGUGCUGGAAAUCUGCAUCGCAAUCCUCGUCCACAAGAGCAUCAUCGUCUUCAGCCUGUCAGUGAAGCUGGUCCAGAGUGCAAUUCGUCCGCUGUGGUUGGCCGCGUACAUCGGGGUGUUCGCCAUGAUGUCACCUUUGGGCAUCGCCAUCGGCAUCAGCGUGAUGGAGGCCCAGCUGGAGGCCGGCACGCUGAUCCAGUCCAUCCUGGAGGGGCUCGCCGCGGGCACGUUCAUCUACAUCACCUUCCUGGAGAUCCUCCCGCAUGAGCUCAACUCCCCCGGGAAGCAGCUCCUCAAGGUGCUGUUCAUCCUGCUGGGCUUCAGCAUUAUGGCCGCCCUCACCUUUCUGGGCUGAGGUGUCCGCAUGACGACGACGACAACAUUUUCACCGCAGGUCCUGACUUUCAUAUCUGUUUUUUUUAAAGGAACACAAUAAGAAUGCUUGACGUUUUACAACAUUCAAUGUACUUUUUAAGAUAUUCAGUCAAUGAUUUGUAAAUAUAACUUAUUUUUGGAACAUUUUAUGAGAAGGAGCGUUGUGAGGCACGGGCAUGACCUCCCAUCAGCGUGAGAAGUAGGUACUGUUGCCGUCACUAAUCACUGACCCCAUGACUUUUCAUUUGAGCUGACAUUUUUAAUACAGUGCCUUUUUACAUGUACCUUCAAUAAUAUGAAUUGCCUCCAUGAGUAUUAUAAGUAUUAUGAUGAAUGCAAUCAAGAGAAAAUAUGGGAUUUUUUUUUCUUUGUACUGUUUGCACUUUUCUAAUAAAGCAUCAGUGAGUGUCUGAGGAAGUAUUGUAUCAUUAUCUUUCUGCUUUUCCCUUCUGGGGUCGCCACAGCGAAUCAAUUGCCUCCAUCUAACCCUGUCUUCUGCAUCCUCUUCUCUCACACCAACUACCUUCAUGUCCUCGUUCACCACAUCCAUAAACCUCCUCUUUGGUCUUCCUCUAGGCCUCCUGCCUGGCAGUUCCAAACUCAGCAUCCUUCUACCUACAGUAUAUAUUCCCUAUCUCUCCUCUGGACAUGUCCAAACCAUCUCAGUCUGGCCUCUCUGACUUUAUCUCCAAAACCUCUAACAUGUGCUGUCCCUCUGAUGUACUCAUUCCUGGUCCUAUCCUUCCUGGUCACUCCCAGAGAGAACCUCAGCAUCUUCAUCUCUGCUACCUCCAGCUCUGUCUCCUGUCUUUUCCUCAUGGACACUGUCUCUAGACCAAACAACAUCGCUGGUCUAACCACAGUUUUGUACACCUUUCCUUUCAUUUUAGCUGGAACUCUUCUAUCACACAUCACACCUGACACUUUUCUCCACCCGUGCC